AAAACCAUCACAACUUUGGACCAGAAAAUUGAGAAAAUAAGAAAAAGAAGGAAAGCUGAGGAGAAAUCUCAAAGUGCAGCAGAGGAAAAUCUUUCAGGAAAGACAGAAGUGGAGGAUGAUGACAUGAAGCCUGUUGCAGAAGGAGCUGAUGAUGAUGAUGAGGAGGAGGAGGAGGAGGAGUUUGACUCAAGUGAUGAAGAGGUCCUCACUAAAUCAGACACUCUGAGAGAGAAAGAACGUCGAGGGAAGAAGAGGAAGGUGGAAGAGGAGGUUGCUGAGACGUUUAAUGAAGAUGCUUCUCAGUACAACGAUCAGCUGACGUUUGAAGACAUGAACCUGUCCAGACCCAUCCUGAAGGCCAUCACAGCUUUGGGCUUUAAGGAACCAACACCAAUCCAAAAGGCCUGUGUUCCAGUGGGUCUGCUGGGCAGAGAUCUGUGCGCCUGUGCUGCAACUGGAACAGGGAAGACUGCAGCCUUCAUGUUACCCGUGUUGGAGCGUUUGGUUUAUAAGCCCAGGACAGCCCAGGUAACCAGGGUUUUGGUUCUGGUUCCUACCAGAGAACUGGGGAUCCAGGUUCACUCUGUGGCCCGUCAGCUGGCCCAGUUCACCUCCAUCACUACCUGCCUGGCUGUUGGUGGUUUGGACCUGAAGUCUCAGGAGGCAGCUCUGAGGGCGGGACCAGAUGUUCUGGUAGCUACCCCCGGCCGACUGAUCGAUCACCUUCACAACACUCCAAGCUUCGAGCUGAGCCACAUCGAGAUCCUGAUCCUGGAUGAAGCAGACAGAAUGCUGGACGAGUACUUUGAAGAACAGAUGAAAGAGAUCAUCAGGUUGUGUUCUUACAACAGACAGACCAUGCUGUUCUCCGCCACCAUGUCAGAGGAGGUAAAGGAUUUGGCAGCUGUGUCCUUGAAGCAACCAAUCAGGAUUUUUGUGAACAGCAACACAGAUGUGGCUCCGUUCCUGCGGCAGGAGUUUGUUCGUAUCCGACCCCACAGAGAAGGAGACCGGGAGGCCGUGGUGGCAGCUCUGCUGACUCGGACCUUCCAGGAUCAUGUGAUGCUGUUCACUCAGACACGCAAACAGGCACACAGACUGCACAUCCUGCUGGGGCUGAUGGGCCUGAAGGUUGGAGAACUGCACGGAGAACUGAGCCAAAACCAGAGGCUGGAGAACCUCAGGCGCUUCAAAGAUGAACAGAUUGAUAUUUUAGUGGCAACAGAUGUGGCAGCCAGAGGUCUGGACAUCAAUGGAGUGAAAACGGUGAUCAACUUCACCAUGCCUUCAACCAUCAAACACUACGUCCACCGUGUGGGUCGCACAGCCCGAGCCGGCUGCUCAGGACGCUCCGUGUCCUUGGUUGGAGAGUCUGAGAGGAAGAUGCUGAAGGAGGUGGUGAAGUCAGCAAAGAGCAGCGUGAAGGCUCGAGUCUUACCACCAGAGGUCAUCCUGAAGUUCAGAGAUCUGAUCUCCAAACUAGAGAAAGAUGUUGAAGCUGUGAUGAAGCUGGAGCGAGAAGAAAGAGAGCUCGCUGCCUCUGAGGCCAAGCUCAGUGUGGCUCAGAAGCGUCUUGAUGGCGACGCCUCCUGUCAAUCACAGAGGGUUUGGUUUCAGACGCAACAGGAACGAAAACAAAACCGCG